AUGAAGGGAGCGAGCGAGCGGAGAGGAGCGGCUGCAGAGAGCGACCCCAUCCGGCCGGCGGCGCUCAGCUAUGCCAACUCCAGCCCCAUGAAUCCUUUCCUCAACGGCUUCCACUCUGGCGGCCGGGGAGUCUACUCCAACCCGGACUUGGUCUUCGCCGAGGCUGUCUCCCAUCCGCCGAAUCCCGCCGCCGUCCCGGUCCAUCCCGUGCCCCCGCCCCACGCCUUGGCUGCCCACCCGCUGCCUUCCUCGCCCUCGCCGCACCCGCUCUUCGCCUCGCAGCAAAGGGACCCGUCCACCUUCUACCCCUGGCUCAUACACAGAUACCGGUAUCUGGGCCACCGGUUCCAAGGUAAUGAAACCAGUCCGGAGAGUUUCCUCUUGCACAACGCACUGGCCCGGAAACCGAAACGGAUCCGCACUGCUUUUUCCCCAUCCCAGUUACUGAGGCUGGAGCACGCUUUUGAAAAAAACCACUACGUCGUCGGGGCAGAGAGAAAGCAACUGGCUCACAGCCUCAGUCUUACGGAAACUCAGGUAAAAGUUUGGUUUCAGAAUCGACGGACAAAGUUCAAGCGGCAGAAGUUGGAAGAAGAAGGGUCGGACUCCCAACAGAAGAAAAAAGGAACUCAUCAUAUUAACCGGUGGAGGAUCGCCACCAAGCAAGCCAGCCCAGAGGAGAUCGAUGUCACGUCCGACGAUUAAACCACCCCUUUUAAAAAGUAGAAAAAGAAGCAGCAAAAAGAAGCGAAACUCGAUGUUGGCGCUUAACAGACUUUUCCAGGAACACCGCACGUGUUCAAGGCUCGGGACAAGCCCAGGAAAGUGAGUGUCGUGGCCGGGCCAGGGACAGAUUCCGGCUUGAUCGCACGGCCCUUCUGGCUUAGACAGAGGCAGCGGCCAGGGGCGAGAGCCAGUCCGAGCGUUGACCGCGCUGGUCCUGCACCGGUACAAAAAAGAGAGCGAGGGAGGGAGGGAGAGAGCGCGAGAGAUCGGAGGGUGGGGAAGGGAGAGACUGUCAAUCAAAGCCAAAUCACCGAGACGAAAUGAUUGACCAAUAUUCAGUUUCUUGCCAUUCGGAAUGAAAUCACUUCAAAUUUCAAAGGGAAAUGCAUACACUCACACAGCCGCAUAGGACACCUUGCACUUCACGAGGGAUUCGUUCUUAUUAACAAUAAUUCUGAUUUUCUCCCAGUCUAUGGGGGAGAAAAUUCCACCUAGCCAAAAUCGACACACCUGUUCCAGAAACUUGAACUGCAUGCUUUUUUCUUUUCUUUUCUUUUUUCUUUUUGGUUGGUUGGUUAAAAGACCUUGUGGGAAGGGGAUGAAGGAGGGCAUAGGGCUUUAAAAAAAAGGUUGCUAAAGAAGGGCGGAUAUGAAGUGUACUUUUUUUCUCCUCCUGAGACAGGUUCAGUGUGCUUUUUAAGUUUAUUUUAUGAGAAGCUGUGCAGUCUGUAAAUCUUUUUAUGAUAACUUCUGGCGUCAACGUGGUUGUGAAAACUAAAUGAAGUAGCGGUAACAAAUUCUAUUUUUUUUAAAAUAAGUUUUGCUUUUCCCCAAAUGGAUACCCUCUGAAGAAAAGGAUAAAGGUUGUAAAGGGUGGAGGGGAAGGGAGCCCUUAUAAUUUUGCUGCAAGACAGAAAGAAAUUUAAAGAAAAUAGUCCUCAUUCUAAAACUUCAGUUAUUUUUUUCUUCCUUCCCUCUUUAGGCUGUGGUAAAACAGGAUUAUGGAUGGAUCUGAAGAUAUUUCAGCCUUUCUAAUUCUGGGCCUUCUGAAUGUGUAAGGCUGCAAUUUCCAUAAUACCCAGCAUCUGGGGGUGAUGGGAAUAGUAGUCCAACAUAGCUGGAGGGCACCAAUGUAGACAAGGCAUUUCAACCCUGUUCCACAGGGACAGAUUUCAAGCACUGAAAUAAAUAAGGUCAAUUGUUCCAAGAUUAUACAGAUACUAAAACAAGCCUCUCCAACCCUGUGCCUUUUAGAAGUGUUGGUUUUCAACUUGCAGAAUUCCCAACUAACAUGGCCUUUGGAAUUCUGGGAACUGAACUGACACUUUUGAAGCGCACCAGGCUGGGAAAGGCCUGACUAAAAUGACAAAUGUUUCCUUAUUGUCUUCUUUACCAGAAUGUAAAUAUUUUUGUGUUGUGUGUUUAAUUUGUUAGAAUUCUAACACACUAUAUACUUCCAAGAAGUAUCUCAAUGUCAAUAUUUUGUCAAUAAAGAUUUA